AUUGCUCGAAAGGCUCCGCCCACAUUUUGCCUUGGCGUCGCCACUAUUCCAAAAUAAAGCUCAUUUUAAUUUAACACAAUGGUCCACCGACUUUUCAUCGUCCUUAUUGCAAUUAUUCUUGUCGCAAAAUCAACUGCAAUCUCACUUCAACAAGCUGACGGACGCAUGAAAAUGUGCCCACCAGGUGGUUCAACAUUCACAAUGGCAUGGUCAAUGUCGUGUUCGAUGCGCAGGAGAAAACGAGAUGUUGGACGAUAUUUCGAAAAACGUGCUCUGAUCGCCCCAUCAAUCCGUCAACUUCAAACAAUUUGCUGUCAAGUUGGUUGCAACGUGGAAGAUCUUCUUGCCUACUGUGCCCCAAUUUAAGUACCGCCCACAAAAUACGCAUCAGUUUUUUCCCGCUCUCCGUCGAAUGAAUAUCACAUCCCUGUU